AUCCUGAUCCCAAGGUCAUGGAACUCAGCAGGGUGCUCACUUCCAUUGAUGAGGCAAUGACAUCCAGUUUGCAGCCUCGCAAGUCCAAGUAUGUAUUUGAAGGGCUUGGCCAUCUAAUAGCGAAGAUCCUGAUGAGCUCAUCACAGUUCCUGGACACAAUAGAUGAGUCUGGUAUACAUAGAAUGUGCCGUAACAUCUUCACUAUGCAGCAGACUCUGACCAAUAUAACAAUGGCGAGAGAGGUUGCUUUAGACCAUGCAAACCACUACUUCCAGCUUUUCUACCUUACACCUGAGGACAUACUGAAUAGAGUGUUGGAAACUGGUCCUGAGUUUUCGGAGCUGGAGUAUAUGAACGCCUUCCAACUAAUCCACAGAAGUCAACCCCAGACAGACCCCAGCGCCAUUCAGAGGCACCUACAGCGCCUUUCUGAUAUCUUGGGAGAGGUGGGAGUCACCGUCUGAUACCACGACAAAUCUGGCAUUCGGUUUUCAUUUGGUCGUUUAACAAAUAUUUUUAUUAUUUGUGUCUUGAUUAAUUUUUAUUUUGAGAUUGCUUUGUUUUUAAGAAAUGUCAAAUUUCUGCAUGAGGAGGACAAGGUCAGGUGUGGACUUCUAAUGAUUAGAUCCUCCACGAUUUUAUUUCACUGAGUUUUUGAGUAGUGAAAUAGUUUCUGUAUAUAUUUUCCUUAUUAACUGAGAUUUACAUUUGGUUACAAAUUACUGCAAUUUAUGCUUGUCUUUUUCACCUAAAUUGUGCUGACAUAGUAAGUGCAUUUUAGAAUAUCUCCAAAAGCAUUGCCUGUUCACUUCUCCAACUGGGCUUACGAUACACUAUUUUUCUUUACCAAAAAAAGGUUGAAUCAGUUGGAACUAGUAAAACAAGAUGUUACAAUAAUACUAAAUGUUUACAACAUUAAAUGGCUUAAUGGGUGAAGAAGACAAGUAAUUAUUUUCACUAACUCUAUUAUACCAUUGCAUUAUUAUGACAAGAAUUAUCUCUUCAAAAGUUAAAACCAACAAAAUUUUAAAACACAAACCCAUAUCAGUAAUCUAAAAUGUAUAAUUCUAUUUAAACCAAAUUUUGAAGCACAAUUUUCGUAAAUACUCAGCAUGGUAAAAAACAUGGUAAGAGAUAGAAGUGAUAACUGUGAGGAAGAAGUGUUUGGAAGCGUGUCUAGUAGACACCAUGUAACCAUGUAGCUCAGUAACCAAAGCAUCUCUUACACAGCCCACCUAAUGGAGCCACUCUUGUUUAUGUUCUCAUUAAUAUUUAACUUUACCAACAGUUUUUAAUUUUAUUGUUAAAUAUGCCUGAUUGAAUAAUUUUAUUUACUAAAUAUUAUUUAUUGUAGGUUUAGCUUUAAUAACUAGUAUCCAUUUUAUGUAAUUUUAAAAAUGUUACUACUAUUAAUUUGCUAAAACCAUUGUUCUAUACUUGUUUUUUUAUAUAAAAAGAAAUAGCUGUAAGAGACCAAGUGUGCUACAUAGAUUAGUAUUAAAUAUUAUAUCAAUAUAAGGAGCUUUAAUAAGUUAUCAAAAUGGUUCUAUGAGCGUAGCAACUAAGGUAUUUGCCUUAUUUUUAAACUAGAUAUUACUGUUAUCGUUUUCAUAUUAUUAGUCGUACUUAAAAAAUACAUUUAUUUCUCAUCAUAAAUAAUAAUAUAUUUACAAUUUUAUUUAUUUGUUUGAUUUUUCUUAUUUCAUGAUGAUAAUAAUGCAUUCUAUAUAACCUAUGCAGAAUCUAAUAAUUAACACUGUACUAUCCACUGUGAUGGGUGAAUAUAUAAUGAUAAUCAUUAUACUAAAUGAACUCAGUGAGUUAACUCUCUGCUAUAGUGUACAUUUUCUAGUAACAAAAAAUGUAAUCUAAUGGUUUGUAUGUCAUCUCUUGCCUGAAAACAUUGCAUUAAAAAAAAGAACAUUUUUCCAAUGUAAUUGUUGAUUUAAAAUUUUUAUAAGGUUAUUAUUGUAACAAAGCAUGAAAUUUAAGUACAUUUUUCAUUAUUCAUCAGUAAGUAAAUAAAAAAUAUGACCGUGCUAAUACUUGAGCUUCCUUUUUUUAAAUUGAGGACAGUUAAAAAAAUUAUACUGGCUAUAAAUAUAAAUGCAUAGUGUAAAAUAAAAUUACUCCUGCAAAUAUCACUUAUUCAUUCUCAUAUUUAGUUGAUUAAUAUGGAUGAUAUACAACAAAUGAAUUUAUAGCAAAUUGAAGUUUUUUGUAUCAUAAACAUCUUGGCCAUUUACACUAGUAAUAAAAAGCCAUAACCUUUAUCAUUAUACAAACAUUGUUAUUGUUUAGUAUUAAUAAGGGAUUUUGUAAACUGUCCAUUCCAUUGUUGUCCACAUUUAAAACAAUUUAAUAUACAUUGUGAAAAUAUUGGUUACUUGUGCAACACAAACAUUUUUGUUUGUACAGAUCUCCAAUUUGCUAAACAUAAUGUCCUAAACUUUUGAUAUAAAAAUAUAUUUUUAUUUAAUUUAAAACUACUUUGUUUACUUUAAAAAUGAAUUUAAACUUUUUCAUGUUUUUAUUAAGUAUCUCAAUUUUUAACCUGUUUUGUGUUAUUUUUAUAGCAGAUUAAAAUAAAAUUGAUAUAAAGUGGUGCCUUCAGUACAAAUUUAGCUGGAGUAACUAAUUUCACCAAUUACUCACUUCUUGUCUUCAAAAUGACAAAUGAUUUUCAUAAUAACUUACUGUAUAGGCAAACAAUACCAAAUGUGCAAUUUAUUGCAAGAUGGGUAGAAGGGCAGUUCAAUAUCCUUUUCAUUCACUCAACCUCCUUACAUAUGAACAGAUGUGUUAACAGAAUUCUAAUACUGUAUCAUCAUCUUGUUCCACCUCCUAAAGUAAAUAUGGCUGUCUCCGAAAAUAGUUCUUCAUAGUCAUAGUUCUUUUAAACAGCCAAGAUGUGAGGCAUGAACGUAUCAAAAACCUUUGUAUAGAAAACUUUGAGACAACCAGAUUUUGUACUAAGUUGAAAUUCAUAACGAAAAGAUAAUUUUAUUAACCUUAACUCUUGUAGUGUCAGACGUCAAUGAGGGAGUCUGAAAAUAGAAGCCUGUCAUCAUAUGUUCUCAGAUACAUUUAGUACUGCUAACUCGGCCAAACAAUAAUAAUGGCAAAUUAGCUCAUGUUGUCAAACAUAGUAGCCUCCACUACAUAUAAAAGUAUAGUGUGAAAUAGUCAGCAAUGUCUGCAAGUAAAUUUAAAUCAACUUAAAAGUAUGUUUAUUUUCAAGAAAAUUUGUUUAUUAUUGUUUAUGGUAAAAUAUUGAAUUUUUUGAAAGUCUACAAAACAAGAGAAGUGGCAUUUAAAUUAAUUCUAUAUAGUCAUACCUUAAUUAUGUAAUCUGCAAUGAGUUUAUCAUCAUUAAGCUAAAAACGUUAUCAUAAAAUUGUUCUGAUUUUAAGCAUCAUCUAAACAUCUCAAAAUCGUGAUCAAUAUCAUAGUAAUCUAUUACAAUAGGUGAUUACUUUUUAUAGAAAAUACUUUUUUCAGUUUAUUUGGCAUUUGAGUAAAUAACCUUAAUUUCCUUUAUAAAUUAAUUCUCUAGCAAGAUAAAAUUUUUUCUGUAAAUGGUGAAUGUUUGUUAAUACUAACAUUCUGUAAAAUAAAGAUUUAUAAAAAUAAAAUGAAGUAAUAGCGUUUUCUGGAAAGUGAGGUUACACUUUUUUUUGUCCAAACUUUAACAAAACCUAUCACUUGUGGGGCUGUAAAAUUACAUUUCUGUCUGUCUGGCUGUCGGCGUGAUAUAUCAAAAACGAACUGACUUAUAGAAUUGUGCAUGAAGCUUCAUUUAUAUAUGUGAAACACUGAGCUUGAUGAUGGUACAUGUCACUCUGUGAGCUUAUUCUAGUGAAUAUUUGUAGUACAUUGGUCUUAUACCAGUGGCAACCUUGAUGGCAAAGAGAAAAAAUUAGAAUAAAUAGAUUUAUAAACAAACUCAGCACACCCAUAAGAAAUUCAAACAUGUGAGAUAUUAGAAAUGUCACCUAACUAUCGCAGUACACAAAAUUAAUUUUAUUAUGACUUCGUAAGUACACUUUUAUUAUUUAAAUGCUGAUAUGAAACCUAAUUUAACACAAAUCGGAGUGUGUCAUGUUGCAAGGUAUUUAGAAGAAAAUUUCAAAUGUAAAUUUUAAAUUUAGCAUGAAACUUAAUUUCUACAAGAAUGAGUUCUAUGAUGCGUAAUUUUCAUGUUAACUUCUUUUUUGUUUGAUUUUUCUGUCUAUCUGUCUGAAGAAUGAAAUGAGCUAGCUAUAGGUUUGAAAUUUCGCAACCACCUGAUAUGACAUGUGGUAUGGUGUAUUUUACCUUGUAGUAAAAACCUUACAAAAUAUGAAUACAAUUUAAUAAAAAUUAUAUAGAAUAUUGUUUAAAAAUUUGAUUUUUUUUUCAUAAUCCCCUUUUAACUCAAUACAUUUUGUCAUAUGUGUGACAGUUUUUACAAAUUCCUUGUUAAAAGAGCCUCUUGCUACCUUUAUCAGCAAGUUCUUUACUUUGUCAUCGUUGAAAAAGCAUUUUCCACCAGCAUGUUCUUUAUAAUUAAGUGAACAGGUGACAGUUACCAGGUGCGAUAUCAGGAAUGUGAAACAUCUAGGGUAGCAUACCACAAAUAUUCCUUUAUACAACCCUGUGAAGUUUCUACAUGGUUACAAUUUCAUGAAGGAGACAGGCUUCCAUUGUUAGUUUACUGAUUCUUUUUUGUAGCUCUGUGAAGUUUUUUUAUGGUUAAAUUUUUCAUAAAGGAGACAUGCUACCAUUGUCAGUAUAUCACAAGGAUUUCUUCUACAGCUAUGUGAAGUUUCUACAUGGUUACAAGUUCUUGAACCAAAUUUUCUGAUGAAGCUCAAGCAGGUCGUUAAUUGUCAAAUUGCAAACAGAUAACAUAUUUUUUAAUUUUCUCCAUCGAACAUACUCACAAUAGGGUGCAUCAACCAUUAAUUUCCACCCUUUCAAAAAUUGAGAUUACAUACACACCUAGAAUCAAGAAUUUUAUUACCGUUGACUACUUUACAUUGAGUAGGCAAAGUCAAGUUAUGUUUUUAAUUUACACAAACUUAAUUGAUUUUAAUAUUGAAAAAUAAAAAACAAAAAUCAGUAGUUAUAGCACAAUGAGAACUAUUACAAAUAACUAUUAAGAAUAGUUAAUUUAGGUCAAUUACUUUGAUCAUUUAUAAAUAUACAGUUUAAAAUAUACAGAUUUAAGUGACAUAUCGGUUUUUGCUGUACCCAUUGUGGGUUCAACUGGAAGGUAUAAACCAGCCAGAAGUGAACCCUCCUGGAGGGUACCUUGCGAUCUUACUUUCCAUAUAACAGUUAUAUUAUAAAAAAAAACAAUUUCUUAUGUAAACUAUAGGACUCUCUUUUCCAGUUAAUUGGAAAUUAAAUUUAUAAUACAUUAAUUGAAUGUGUUGUUUAUUUUCAUUCAAAACCAUUUACAUUACUGCAAUACAAAUUAAGAAUUACCUUUUGCAUGUGUCAUAUUAAAGAUUUCUAUAUUUAAAAUUUUACCUAAAUUAAUUUCUAAAUUCAUGGUUUCUUUAGUUUUUAUUAGUUCAGUUUUUAUGUUUAUAUUAAGAGUCAGUUUUUUAAGUGUAUUUAGAUGAUUCAAUAGUUGCUUAUGCUUUGUACCUUAUAUAUCUCUGAAUGACUGCAACUUUAAUUUUGGAGAUGUAGGUUUGACUGUAUUACUUUUGAUUUAAAAGACAACUAUAUUUUAUCAUAAAAUAUGAAUUUAGUAAUUUAACUAGAAGUGUUAUUAUUACAUAGUUAUUUAAUUCAGAAUGUAAUGGUCUAUAUGUAAUAAUUGUAUAUUUAUAUUUAAUUAUUAAUUUUGUUAUUGUAUGAUAUGUAAAAAUACUAUGAAGUAAUUGUUGACAGAAUAUAAUAGUUUUAUAAUAAAGCAACUUAUGUAAAAUAUAGUGAACUUAUAUUUAAAUACAUGUAUAUACCCAGAAAAAAUAUUUUGUUUAUCCUGUAUUAGUAAUCUAGUCGUUGACAAAGGUUUUCUGGACAGUAAAAAAGACUGUACAGUGAACAUAUGUAGUAAUCAUACAGAAGUUGAAUAUACAAGAGUAAGUUUACUCCUCGAUUCAAAGAAUUAAGCAAUCCGCACCAAACAAUUUCUGGAAACUAUUUCCAGUUUUAUGCAUAGGAGCACUUCAAGUUCAAAUUAAUAUAUUUCCGGCAUCAUAGUUGAGUUUGUUUUUUGCCUCAAUCAAUAUACAUAAAUAAGUCUGGAUGUUUACUUUAGUCAAAAUGUAUCUACUUUCAGUCUAAGGGAUAGAGUGAAAAAUCCAAUCUUCCAGCUUUGUCUUACUAGUCAAUAGACCAACUUUUAUGCUAUAUUUCUCUGUUGUAUGUCAAAUUGUUCAUGAGGUAUUGUGUGGACAAAUUUUAGUCUAAACAUCAACAUACAGCCACACAUCCAAGGAAGGAAGUUUGGAAAAUUCUCUGUUGUUUUAUUGGAAAGCAUGCUUUAAUUUAUUUCUCAGAACAUUGAUUGCAUAAGAAUUGACUUGAAAGUUAAUUCUUGAGUUUGUGGUGUACUUAAAAUAUAAUAAAACUUUCUUUUUGUAUUUUUCCAGGUUGAAGACUGCCAAAUAAUCAAAAUAAAUUGUAAAUAAGUAAUCAUAAUACAUAAUCUUUUAAAAGGUAAUGGCUGCCAUGUUAAUUAAACAGAUACUUCUAUGUAUAAUUAUAAAAAAUAAUUAUGUAUGUAUUAAAAAAUACUUUGAUGCAUAUACUCAGUUGCAGACUCAAAGGAGUCUCACUCCAGUAUAAGAAAAUACAGCUCUUCCGACAUAUACACUAAUCUAGAUAAAGAAAGACACAUAUUUAAUUCUUAUAUUGUUGUAAAUAUUUGUUUUAAAUCUAUAUGUCAAACAUAGUUAUUUCAAAUUUGCUAAAACAAAAGAAACCCAAUAAACAAAAUAUUUAAUGUGGCCUCUCUGGUUUUUCUUAAAGGGUAUUAGUGACAGUUGUUAUAGGUAUUUGAAAAGGUUUUCAGUUUGGAACUGAUGUGUAUGGAUGACAGUCAUGACCAUAAUAUUAUUUUCUUUUUUCUUGAUGAAACCUAACUUAAAGAUAAAAGUAAAGAAAAUAGUUUAACUGGAUUCAAAAUGAUGGCUGUUUAAAACUUGUACAUUAAUUUUGUUAUUCACCUUACUCAAACUAGUUAAAUUAUUUCUUCUAGUUUUAGCUUUGUAGCAGAUAUAAUCUAUACAAAGGAUUAUCAGAAUUUGUAAUGGAUAGAAAUGUAAAAUAUCCCGGACUUACUGUAAAUAAAAAAUCCUGGAAACCUCA